AUGAUCGAAUCCUCCCAUCUGGUGCCACCAAAGGCGCCGCCACCACUACACAUUCCACCGUCAACCGCCACUGUAACAGUGCGGGUGAUAGACUCGACAACUUCUCUCUUGCUGGACCCCCCGUUGUUCUGGCAACCGGAGAUUAAAGGGCUGCACGGCCUGACGGUUUCGAACUUCUGCUUUUUGGUCUCUAAUGGCAAUCGACAUGUGCUGUUCGACCUGGGCAUGCGCGUGGACUGGGAGAAUUACGCCCCCAAGGUGGUCCGCCUGAUUCAACAGACGACGCAAGUCCAUGUUGAAAAGAACGUAGCGGAGAUCCUGGAUACGCAAGAAGAAUGGCCCGAGGAUGGCCCUGUCGUGCGGAGCAAGGAUAUCGAAGCCAUAAUUUGGUCGCACCAUCACUUUGAUCACAUCGGGGACCCGUCCACAUUCCCAGAGUCCACUGACUUAGUCGUGGGCCCCGGAGUACGGUCUGUUUGCUGGCCGGGAUAUCCCACCAAUCCGGACUCGUUGGUCUUGGACAAAGAUAUUCAGGGCCGCCGUGUGCGGGAAAUUAGUUUCACGAGCAGCUCACCUCACCACUGCCGAAUUGGCCGUUUUGAUGCGUUUGACUUCUUCGAGGAUGGUUCAUUCUACCUUCUCGACGCACCGGGCCAUUCGGUAGGACAUAUGAUUGGUCUGGCGCGGGUCACAGCGGCAGAUGGGCCGGAUGGACAGGACUCCUUCGUCCUCAUGGGUGCCGAUGCCUGCCACCACCCCGGUGUCCUCCGGCCCACUGAGUACCUGCCCAUACCUACACUCGUAGAACCGUCACCGAUACAGCAAUGGUCGGCCUGCCCCGGAGACUGGCUGCAGCAUCUUCAUCCCCAUGGGAGCGCUACAGAACCUUUCCUUAACGUCUCUCCCAUCCUCUUCCGGAAUUCGACGCAGCAAUGGACACGGUAA